AUGCCCUCAUCAUCUGUUUCGGGAGGUUCGAGUUUAUUGGGAGGUGGAGAGAGAAUGGUCAUGGAGGGAGAAGUUCAGAGAAGAAGCUUAUUCUCUACAUGGAGAAAGAUGUACAUGAUACUCAAGGAUGAUGGAUCGUUACAUCAAUUCGGGAGGAAUCCACAGCUGUACCCCGAAGAAAUUCUUAAAGAAACAUUAAUGUUGAACUCUGGAUAUGUCGUGCAAAUUGUAAACGCAGAUCCCUUGUUGAACCAACCAUUUACCAUUAUGAUUCUACUCUAUGACAGAGCACCCAUGCUACUUAAGGCUAAAGAUUCUGUUGAGCAUCAACGGUGGUUAUCGGCACUGAACAGGCUCUCACUCAUCAAGACUGAAAAAUUCAAAUCCAAUACUCCUUUGAUCAUUGAUGCGGUUGAGGCUAUUCCCGUUCCCUGUAUCAUUUCCGACAAGAACCGAAUAGUACAAAGCCUUAAUUUUCCAUGUCAGGCCAUCACUGGGCUGAAGAAUGAAGAAAUUAAGAAUUUCUCUUUAUCCAACAUGAUCCGUAUCGAGGGACCUCAGUCGAAAACAGGAAAAUCUUCAACCUUAGGUGCCGUUCCAAAGGAAGCACACGUAACUACCUCCGAUAAAAGUAGAAAGAUUGUAAUGCUCUCCUCACAAGUUGAAACGCAACAAGGCUACAUUAUAGUCUUUUUACACGAUAUCAAUGAGUAUGAUAUGUACUUGGAUGAAGAACUAGAAGAAGUGUUUGACGAGUUGUAUCAAGCACAAAUGAAUGAUCCUAAAGACGCAAGUAGCGAAAACGAAACAAAAACAAUGAGGCUAUUUGUCAAAAUAUCAGGCAUGUCUCCGUUUGUUUUAAGGCUUUACUUUGGACUGCAGACUCACCAUUACCAGAAAAUUGUGGACAUGUAUUAUAGCGACAAAUUGUACAGCAAGAAACCACCAGGACCAAUUUUCUUGCAAAAAAUUAUUAAUUUUCCAAAUGGUGAUAAGAUGAUGGAGUUUGGAAGAAAACAAGUGGCUUCAGAUCGAUUUAGCAUGGAAGAGCAAAUCAAACUAGCAAUUUAUGAGGAGCCUGAGGCCUGUGAAGACUCCAUUGUCAUGCAAAAGUGUAGCGCACCUGAACUAUUUAAUGGAGAAGUACCAAAAGUCGUUGGAAUUAAUAGAUUACUGCUGCUACUUACCGACGUAUAUUCACCAAAAUUUUUAACUGACGUCUUUUGGUAUACGUUCAGAUAUUCCAUUAAGCCUAAAGUAGUACUGGAAAAGAUUUAUCAACGAUAUUUUGUACCAGAGCCUACCGACCAGGACCUGAUAUUCAAUGAUGUUGAGAAAACAUUUUUCACCACAUUUGUCUGUACAGGUAUCAAGAAGAAAUGUUUGAAUUUAAUUCUUACAUUUGUUAAGAGUGGAAUGUUUGAUUUCGAUCAUGAUAUGGUGAUACAUCUUCAGGAGUUUUUAAAUUCGGCUGAACAGUCCCUGAGUAAUAAUGGAGAAACACCAAAGGCAGUUACCAAUUUAGAUUUUGGUUUGUCGUCUACCAUAAAUCACAUUCGAGAAAUGAUGUCCAAACAAGACAGAAAGCAACCAUGGCAAAAAGCAAAAGAUAUGCCAACCUUGUUUCAGUUGAGGGAGAAUAAGAAGGCAAAAUUUGCAGGAGCAACAAAUACUCAAUCCUCUCUUGAUAUUUCUGAAAUGAGUCCAAAAGAAAUUGCUGAUCAGCUCACUUACAUGGACUACACUAUCUACAACGAGAUUUAUUUUACUGAGAUUCUUGACCAAUCUUGGAACAAGGACAAGAGACGACAUCAAGCUCCAAAUGUAAUGGCUAACAUUAACUUUUUAAACAAGGUGAGCACAUGGUUCACUUGGAAAGUUCUGUCUGAAGAUUCACAUCCCAAGAGAGUCAAGAUGCUUAAAAAGGUAAUUCAGGUUCUUGGAAUUCUUAAAGAUAUGAACAGCUUCAACAUGUUCAUGGCAAUAAUGGGAGUAUUGGGAGGGACUUCAAUUCACAGAUUGUCCAAUUUGUGGGAUGAAAUGGAUGAAAAGACUCUUGAGAUUCAACAACAAUGCGCGGAAUUGGCUUCAACCAAGGGCAACAACAAAAACUUUAGAAUGGCCAUGAAUGAUUGCUAUAGUAGUGGAAAGCUCUGCUCGCCAUAUAUUGGCAUCUAUUUGAGAGACUUGGUCUUUACAGAUGAUGGAAAUCCAACAAUCAUGGAUGGUAAAAUUAACUUUUCCAAAUGUAUCAAUACCUACAAUGUGAUGCACCAAAUAUUGAGGUUCCAAGGAAGACUUUUUGACAUUGAACCUAACACAGACUUUAUUAGAGAAAUGAUUGCUUUUAAUGACAAGGAGAAGAGUGAAGAUUACCUCUAUGAGCUCUCAUUACAAGUACAGCCAAGAAAGUAA